GACGUCUUGAUGGACUAAAAAAUUCUAUAAGCAUUUAAGAGGCAUGGAUUCAAACAGAAAAGAAGGAGAAACUGAAAAUGUGCCAGUGAUUAACCCUUCAACACAGAUUGCCCAGUUGCAUGCUCUGGCUUCAGAACUUAAAGCUGGUUUCACUGAAGCAAUGCAGGAACUUUCAAGAAUUCAGCACGGGGAGUAUGCUCUUGAGGAGAAGGUUCAAAGUUGCCGGUGCGCAAUGGAGGAGAAGGUGGCAGAGAUGAAGAAUUCUAUGAACUGUUUCAAGGAGGAGCUUAGUGAGGCCAAGUCCAUGAUUGAAGAAAUCAGCGCCAAGCAAGAAGAAAUGCAGCAGAAAAUCGAGCAAUUGCAGCAAGAGAAAAGGAAAGAAUCCCGUAAGCUCAAAGCUAAAAGAAUACAAAAGGAGGAACAUGGGUCACAAACAGUACCCACACCUCUACAAGGAAGCCCCUUUCGAUCACUGAACCUCCCAGAACCAGUUUUAAUUAAUGAAGAUUUUGUCAACCUUUUGCACAAUGCAACUUAUGAAAAAGUCUCUGAUUGCAGACCUUUGGCAAGGGGAGAAGGAAAUGUGACAGGGAUAAUGGCUACAAAUCUGGACACAGAAGAAAGUCUCAGACCUUCCUUGUCAACUGAUGCUCAGUCAAAGGGUCAUUUGUCAUCCAUGGUGUGGAAACAGCCCAAAGACAGUAAAGAAUGGAGUGAUGAACGUAUUUCAAAGGAACAAACUGACAGGCAAAAGGAAGUCAGCCCAAGUCGAUACAGCUCAGUGGAGAAUGUAUUGAGGGAACCUUCUAUUGCAGCUAAAAGACAAAAUAUUGCUUUGGACUUGCUAGAGUCUGAAAGGAAAUAUGUUGUUAGCCUCUCCUUGAUCCUAAAAAUUAAGGCCACAUUGCAUGGGCCGGAAAUGAAGAGGAACACUAAAGAGAGAAGUUUUUUCCCCAGCUCUUUGCGGUAUCUGGCCCAGCAGCAUGUAGACUUACUUCAUGCUCUUCAGGAAAGAGUGCUGUGCUGGCCCCGACAGGGAAUCCUGGGAGACAUUUUUCUUAAGCUGACCAAUGAUGAGAACAAUUUUCUGGACUAUUAUGUUGCUUACUUAAGAGAUUUGCCAGAAUGCAUCUCGCUGAUCCAUGUGGUCAUUCUUAAAGAGAUUGAAGAAGAAAUCAGGUCUGACCUCUACAUAUUCUUCUUUAAUAUAGUCCAGCGUAUCCCUGAAUACCUUCUUCAUUUGCAGAAUAUUCUAAAGUACACUGAGCAAGAGCACCCCGAUUACUACCUUCUUCUGGUGUGUGUUCAGCGCCUGAGAGUCUUCAUUUCACACCACAGCCUUCUGUUCCAGUGCAAUGAAGACUUACUAAUUCAGAAAAGGAAGAAGCUGAAAAAAUCUUCCUUUGUCAAGUUAUACAAAGGUCUAGCUUCUCAAUGUGGCAGCACCGGCCCAGAGGUUUCUCCAACACCCAGUGCUACCUCUAUCCGGGAUAGCGGGAUCCACUCAGAAGAGGCAAUGCAGCUAUUCCCCUCAACUCCUUCUUCUGGCACAACAGCAAUGCACUUGAUGUCACACAUGAAGAAAAGCCAACAACAGGGGGUGGAGAACAUGCAAGGAACUCCACAGGGCGAGUGGGAAACCGAUGGAAGACGGCACGACCGGCCUGAGAACGUCCUGACUCCAUCUCAGUUCAGCGAACAAGAUCUGAAAGCUCUCGCAGCUUCCCUGCAGACUUUCCCAGACUUGGAAUACAGUGCUCCUUCCUCUGACUUAAAGGGACACCCUGAGCGAUCUCGGAGGGCCUCAGCAGAUCUUCUGCAGGACAGCACAAGUUUUGCUCUUGAUUAUGAAGACUUUGAGUAUAGAGGGGAUUCAUACACCAUGCCUGGCCCUUAUGAGGAAGAGUCUGCUCAAAACCUGGCCAUCUUUGAGACCUGCUCUCCUGCUUCUUCUGAGUCCAGCAUUGACAUCUGUUUCUUGAGGCCUGUGAACUUCACAACAGAGCCAGAGAGGACAGAACACACUGUCCAGCCACUCCCCAAGAGCUGUGCUCCAGUCAGCAGCAGCAGCACAUACAAGCGUGAUGUUUUCCGUAGCAAGGGCAAACAAUUGAGCCGGUCACUGAAAGAGUUUCCCCGCAGCGGAACAGAAGGCGUAAGCUCUAGACUCUACAGCACACGGAGCAGCAGUGGUAGUCGGUUGCAAGGCAAACAGGAGAGGGGCUUCCAGUCCCACAUGGCCCCUGCCUCGUCCAGGAGCUCCCAGCGGAACUACUUUCCUCCACAGAGAGGAGCUGGUGAAAAGCAAAGCUUUCUGGAAGUAAGGAGAGAGAUGCAUUUAGAAGACAACACCAGAUUUUCUCAUAGGGAUGAUAAUGAGCAAACUUCUUUCAGCAACCACAACCCAAGGCAAGAGCAGAAAGGGGGCUUUCGCAGGUCCUUCCGCAAGCUCUUUAAAAAGAAAUAAGCAGCCCAGGGCCAAUUGCUUCAGCACUUCUUCUGGGCUCUCUGCUGUGAGUCCCACAAUCCAGUGGUCUUCCUUCAGGGCAGUUUUAAGUUCAAGGGCUGAAAAUGGAAUCUAAGGUUGGAGGUGUAAUUUUUUUUUAAAAAAGUUAACAGACUAGUUUGCUGACCCCAGAGAAGAAAGCCAUUUUACAUUAAAAAUGCAUAUGCUGUUAAAGCAUGGACUUUCACAGUUUUGGAAACUUUUUUAUUUUCAAGCAAGAUUGGGCAAAAUUUUUAAGCUACACCUAUAUUAAAAUCAGGCAAGGUCUUGAUUGCUGAAGGAGAAUGGCUUGGAAGCUGCAUCUGGGCUGUGGGGUCACGCAGUGACCACCUCUAGUCAGUGUCAUACAGCUCUGGUCAGUGCAUGGAUUUAGUUGGCUCAACAGAGAAAAACUUGCAGGACUGACAAGCCUCACACCACUUAUAUUAUUCCAGUGCUCUAUAGUAAAUUUUCAGUGAUGCAAUAUAAAUAUAAAUAAAUACAAUUGACUGAUGUCAAAAGUUCUGAUUGUUGUAGUUCUUUCUUAAAAAUGGCUUGGUGCUAUACUGGAAUUUGAAAUUUAACUUUUCAUAAUGGAAUUAAUUUCAAUUUAGGUAGUAGGGUAUAUCCCAAGGGAACAGCAAAAUGCUAGUGUGAUGGGUGCUAACAGAAAAGUACACAUUCUAGGGAUGUUACAGGUUUCAAAUGCAUUUUACUUUAGAAUUCUGACUAACAAUCUUGUUUGAGAACAUGAAAUAGUUUGAAUAACUGCCUGAGCCUGAAGUGGUUUCUCAUGUUUUGAUUUUACUAUACCUGGUCCUAUGCCAGCUUGCAGCCAGAUAUCAAUGCAAUGGUAUAUGGGGAGAAACCAACACUCCUCUCAAUUUCCUGCAACAUAAGUUUCUUACAUAGGUAUAGGAAAGUACUAACAUGAGAAAUAGGCCCAUGACUUCCUAUUCAAUGCAGCUAUUCAACUGAGAAUCAAAACAAG